CUAUCAGUUAUCACCACCAUUAACUGGCCAGAAUAUGGAUCCAUCUUCUAAGUGUGGACACUGACAAACUCCCAAUCUUCUUCAAUUCCCCUAGUUUUCAUCUCUUGGAGAACAGUGGCCGGCCAAGUCAGUCGUCAAAAAUCAAAAUUGGCACUGGCCAUACGCGCUCCACAUCCCUCCAAUCCACUCGAACAAAAUGGAGUUCCUUCCCGUCCUCAGGUUCGCCUCCAAACACACGCUUCUUCAUGUUUUUAAUCACUGAUUUCCAUUGAAGUUAUCCCUGUUUUUGUGGAGUUUUUGGGGGUUUCUUGAAAUUUUUUAGCACCCCAUUUCGAUUCUUCCUCUACACAGUUUAGGUUUAUUUGAGAUUUCUGGAUAUCGGGUCUCUGUGGGGAUUCCCCUUUUGACUUUGCUGAAAAUUCUGUUUCUGUUGCUUUCCGUAGUUUCAUUAGUCUGGGUUUUGGGAGUUUUGUGUUGAGCAUUUUGUAAAUCCAUGGAUACUUUGCUUAAAAUCAAUAACAAGUAUGGUUUUCUUCAACCAUUACAUGGGGUUUCAGAAAAAGUGAGUGGUGUGAGGAGUACAAAGUUUCAGAGUCAGGAAUUUGGAUUUGGUAGGAAGGGUCGUCUGAAAUGGAGGAAAGGGGGUUGUGUUAAUGUAAGAAGUAGUGCUCUUUUGGAGCUUGUUCCUGAAAUCAAGAAGGAGAAUCUUGAGUUUGAACUUCCAAUGUAUGAUUCUUCGAAGGGCCUUGUCGUCGAUCUUGCGGUUGUAGGUGGUGGCCCAGCAGGGCUUGCUGUUGCACAACAGGUUUCAGAGGCAGGGCUUUCAGUUUGUGCAAUUGACCCAUCUCCCAAGUUGAUUUGGCCCAACAAUUAUGGGGUUUGGGUGGAUGAAUUUGAGGCAAUGGAUUUGUUAGAUUGCCUCGAUACAACUUGGUCUGGUGCUGUUGUGUUCACAAAUGAACAAUCAACAAAAGAUCUUGCUCGACCUUAUGGGAGGGUUAAUAGAAAGCAGCUCAAGUCAAAAAUGUUGCAGAAAUGCAUUUCCAAUGGUGUUAAGUUUCAUGAAGCUAAAGUUAUUAAAGUUAUACAUGAGGAGUUCAAAUCUUUGUUAAUUUGCAAUGAUGGUGUGACCAUUCAAGCUGCCAUUGUUCUUGAUGCUACUGGCUUCUCUCGAUGCCUUGUCCAAUAUGAUAAACCCUACAAUCCAGGCUACCAAGUAGCUUAUGGGAUUUUAGCUGAGGUGGAGGAACAUCCGUUCGACGUUAACAAGAUGGUAUUUAUGGACUGGAGGGAUGCACAUCUGAAUAACAAUAUGAUUUUGAAGGAGAGAAACAGCAAAAUUCCCACAUUUCUCUAUGCAAUGCCUUUUUCAUCGAAUCGGAUAUUUCUGGAAGAAACUUCUCUAGUAGCUCGACCUGGAUUACAAAUGAGUGAUAUCCAGGAAAGAAUGGAGGCAAGAUUGAAGCACUUGGGAAUAAAAGUGAAGAGCAUUGAAGAGGAUGAGCAUUGUGUCAUUCCAAUGGGUGGACCGCUGCCAGUUCUUCCUCAAAGAGUUGUUGGAAUUGGUGGAACAGCAGGGAUGGUGCACCCUUCAACCGGAUAUAUGGUAGCAAGAACUCUAGCAGCGGCACCUAUUGUUGCUAGUGCAAUAGUUCGAUGCCUUGGUUCAGAUGGACGUUUCAAGGGUGAUGCGAUAUCCUCUGAAGUUUGGAAAGAUCUAUGGCCCAUCGAAAGGAGGAGGCAGAGGGAAUUUUUCUGUUUUGGGAUGGAUAUUUUGUUGAAGCUGGAUCUGAAGGGUACAAGAAGGUUUUUUGAUGCAUUUUUUGAUCUUGAACCUCGUUAUUGGCAUGGAUUCUUGUCAUCGCGACUGUUCCUUCCCGAGCUGUUACUCUUUGGGCUUUCCUUAUUCUCUCACGCAUCUAAUGCCUCCAGGCUUGAAAUCAUGGCAAAGGGAACUCCAUCUUUGGUAAACAUGAUCGGCAAUCUGGUAAAGGAUAGAGACUAAGAUAAAUAUAGAGUUACUUUGUUGUAAACUAAUCAUCAUACUGAUGCACUUGCAUCAUCACAUUUACUUCUGCAGAUGAUUGUUCAUGAGAUUAUGAGUUAGCUAUACCUUAUAGCCAUUUAUCUCUUUAGUACGUUAUUCCUAGUUCACACCUCAUAUAAUUUCUCAUAAAAGAGAAGUGCUUCAAAAGUUAUAUACACAUGUAUGUGCUUGAGAUCA